CGGUGCAUUGUGGGAAGCGGGGGCUGGGUGCUCUGGUCCCUGCUAUUGCUGCUUGUGGAGCAUCCUGGUGCUGGUGAGCUGGGCGGGACCCGGGGCUGGCCGGGGCGGGGGUUGACCUGCGCGCGGGGCUGGUGCUCAGCACAGGACCUGAUGCUCGGGGCUGUCGGUGGGUCCCAUCCCAGCUCGGUGCAGGGCUCGGGGUUGCAGGGCUGGGCUGUGGGUUUGGGAAUCGAUGGGGCUGGGCGAGCAGCGUGGGGUGGGGUAGUGCAGCGCAGGGGGUGGCCAGCUGGGGGGGGGUGGCAGGGUGUGUGCGAGAGCUGGCUGAGGAGCUCGCUGGACCCUUCGUGUUGGUUUUUAAUACGUCCUGGAGCUCUGGGAUAGUUCAGAAGGCUGGAAGAAAGCUAACGUCGUGCCAGUAUUUAAAAAGGGGGUAACCUGGGUAGUUAUAGGCUGUCAGCCUGACAUCAAUUCCAGGCAAGAUAAUGGAGCGGCUGAUACAGGACUCGAUCAGUAAAGAAGGCAGGCCCAGGCUCCCCGCGGGAUGGAGGAGGACAAGCUGCAGGAGAAGGAGUUCUUCUCAUGGGAGGAGUUCAGCGCCUUCUUCGACGCCUGGUGCGAGCGCAGGAAGGUCCUGUUCUUUGUCAAGAAUUCGGUGCCGCUCAGCAAGUGCAAGUGGGCAACGGCGCCCCCACGGCCCGAUGUGGUGGAGGCCCUCAAGUACAGCUCCGUGCGCCUGGUCUGCAAGGACUUUCGUGGCUCCAGCAAGCCCGAGCAGGGGGGGCAGCACAAGGGCUGCUGUGCCAGCAUUGUGCUGAAGAUGAGCCCCAAGAAGGACCGGCUUAUCGUCACUGAGUGCCAGCUGGCCCACAACCACGCCCUGUGCCCCAUCGAGUUUGCCUACUACUUCAAGAAGGGCUACCUGAUGGCCAACUCGUGCUUGCCGGUGCGCACCACCAACAAGAUUUCCAAGCAGUUUGUGGGAGGGCCAGACGUGCGGCGCCUGCUCUCCUACUGCAAGAGCCGUGACCACGGGGUGCUGGACGUGCUGACUGUGCUGGACGGGCUAUUCGCCAGCGACCCCAACGCCAAGGUCAAGCUGGUCUUCAUGGAGGACAAGGUCAUCGUCCAGACCAUCUUCUUCCUGAGCUCGCGCAUGAUGGCGCUGAGCCGGCGCUUCCCACUCAUGCUGUUCUUCGACCGCAUGGUGGGGCUGAACGAGGAGUUUGACCUGUAUUCGGUGCUGUGCGUAGACGGGGCGGGGCGCGGUCGUGAGGUGGCCUACUGCCUCACGCAGCGGGAGACGCCCGACCUGCUGCGCUUCACGCUGGCCUCGCUGGUGCAGAGCGUGCCUGAGGUCAAGCUGCAGGUGCGGUGCAUCACGCUGGGCGUGGAGAUCGCCCACCUGGAGGCGGUGAAGGAACUGCUGCCCAAUGCCCGCGUGCAGAUCUGCCGCUCCCAGGUGCUGGAGACGCUCUUCAGCAAGGCGCAGGAGCUGGGUGCCGCCGAAGACGAGCGCAUCUGGCCCCUGCUCUGCCGGCUGGCUGCAGCCAAGUCACCGGCCGCCUACCAGCAGGCGGCGCAGGAGAUGAAGGUCAUUCUCCCCCAGCGCUUUGUGCGCUACUUCCAGCGCCAUUGGCAGCCGCGCAGCGAGAUGUGGGUGCAGUUCUGGGCCUUUGAGACGGCCCGCAACGUCAACGCCUGCGAGCUGCUCAAGCAGCACCAGCGCCGGCUGCUGGCAGCCCUCAGCCCCUCGCCCACUGUGGCCCAGUGCAUGCUGGACCUGCUGGCCAUGCAGGUGGGCAGCGAGGCCCAUGAGCUGGACGAGGGAGAGCUGGCCACGCACUACCGUGCCAUCUGCAAACCGGAGCCGGCUGGCCUGAUUGAGGAAGAGCUGGGCUUUGCACGGCACGGCCGCUACCGCUUCCAGGAGACGGCUGAGGGCUACCUACUCCACGAUGGCCUGUCCAAAUUCGCCAUGGAUCAGGCCCUGACGCGCUGCUCCUGCUCCAUCUACACCUCCAGCCUGCUGCCCUGCCGCCACCUCUUUGCCACGCGACUGCGCACUGGGCUGGCGCUCUUCGACCCUGGCCUGCUGCACAGGAACCAAGCAGCACUGCUGGGCGCAUGCUAGGGCCAUGGGGCAGGGACCCCAGCUGCUCUGGGUGCUUACUGUGUAAGUCAGGGGGCCAGGCACUGGUGCGGGGCCGGAUGCACAUCUGCAGCUCACACAGCAGGGGAAAAGUCAGCCCAUUGCCACAAUGGGGGUGCCCCGCGAUGACGUCAGGAUGGAUGGGAUACCUGGGUGCUGGUCCUAUUUGACUUGUUUUCACAAAGAAGAGAAAGUGGUCGGUGCUGCUGUCCCAUAGCUCAGAGCACCUGCAGCCCAGGCUGGGUAGAGAUCCCAAGGUGUCUGCGUACUCAUGGUGGGAUGGGCACUGCUGGCCCAUAGCUGAGAGCACCCAGAGUCUGCUGGCACAGGUCGGUGGAUGGAUGCUGUCGUAUGGGGUGUGACGCUCUGGGGUGUCUGUGCUGGCAGAGGCAGGUGGGUGGAUGAUACCUUGCGGGGUGUGACACUCUGGGGUGUCUGCACAGGCAGAGGUGGGUGAGUGGAUGAUGACAUGCGGGGUGUGAUGCUCUGGAGUGUCUCCACUGGCAGAGGCAGGCGGGCAGAUGGUGCCAUGUGGGCUGUGACUCUGGACUGUCUGUGCUGACAGUAGAUGUCCCGAUAUUUGAGGCAUUUUCUUAUAUAGAAGACUAUUACCCCCCACCCUGUCCUGAUUUUUCACACUUGCUGUCUGGUCACCCUAGCUGACAGUGGUGGGUGGGCAGAUGGUGCCAUGCGGGGUGUGAUGCUCUGGAGUGUCUGUGCUGGCAGGAGCGGGUGGAUGUUGCCAUGUGAGAUGUUACACUCUGAGGUGUCUGUGCUGGCCGAGGCAGGUGGGUGGUGCCAUGCAAAGUGUGAUGCUCUAGGGAUGUUUGUGCUGUCAGAGAUGAAUCUGUGGAUGAUGCGAUGUGACGCUGUCUUUGUACAGAGAAUACACUUUAUUCAAUAAACGUAUAUUUUCCUUUUUGACCCUU